GUACCCAUCUGAGCGCGCCGCUGACACACGCACUCUUUCAGAGGCAACACGAGGGAAGCUGUAAAUCCUCUUCACAGACUCAAAAGUCUCAGUUACGCGAGUGAUGAUGAGGAAAGGCAUCUCGUGCCCGAGCCUGGACCCGAACUGCACGCGCAUCGUUGAAAGCCUGUCCUCGUGGAACAGAUCCCCGGUGAGUGCGUACCGGCUGGUGGAUUUACCUCCCAUCGCUACACCUGUUGCCAUGGUUGAGGAGCAUGUAUAUCCUUUUCCAACGGUGGACGUGCCUGAUCAUGCUCAUUACAUUAUUGGAGCCGUCAUCCUUGCCGUUGGCAUCACAGGCAUGUUGGGCAACUUCUUGGUCAUCUAUGCCUUCAGCAGGAGCCGGACCCUCAGGACACCUGCCAACAUGUUUAUAAUAAAUCUGGCCAUCACAGAUUUCCUCAUGUGUGCCACCCAAGCACCCAUCUUCUUCACCACCAGCAUGCACAAAAGAUGGAUCUUCGGAGAGAAAGGCUGUGAGUUGUAUGCAUUCUGCGGGGCUUUAUUUGGCAUCUGUUCCAUGAUCACGCUCGUGGUCAUCUCCGUGGAUCGAUACUUUGUGAUCACGCGGCCGUUGGCCUCCAUCGGCGUGUUGUCUCAGAAGAGAGCUGUUCUGAUUCUUCUGGCAGCCUGGGUCUAUUCCCUCGGAUGGAGUCUACCUCCCUUCUUUGGUUGGAGCGCUUAUGUUCCUGAAGGGCUGCUGACCUCUUGCACCUGGGAUUAUAUGACAUUCACACCCUCCGUGCGAGCUUACACUAUGCUGCUUUUCACCUUUGUGUUCUUCAUUCCUCUUAUCAUCAUCAUCUACUGCUAUUUUUAUAUUUUCCGGUCCAUUCGUAGCACCAAUGAGGCUGUUGGCAAAAUUAAUGGGGAUAAGAAGCGAGACUCGAUUAAAAGAUUCCAGCGGCUGAAAAAUGAAUGGAAGAUGGCGAAAAUUGCUCUUAUUGUCAUUCUCAUGUAUGUCAUCUCCUGGUCUCCAUAUUCCACUGUGGCACUAACAGCGUUUGCUGGGUAUGCUGAUAUUCUCACGCCAUAUAUGAAUUCAGUACCUGCAGUUAUAGCCAAAGCUUCAGCCAUCCACAAUCCCAUCAUCUAUGCCAUUACACACCCCAAAUACAGGGUGGCCAUAGCGAAAUACAUUCCUUGUCUCCGCAUGCUGCUGUGUGUUCCCAAGCGUGACCUCCACUCCUUCAACAGUAGCUUAAUGUCCACACGCCGUUCCACUGUCACCAGUCAAUCCUCUGACAUCUCUGGACCCUUCUGCAGAACCAGCACUGGGAAAUUUCGGCUCUCGUCAGCCUCCGAUAGUGAAUCUGGCUGGACAGACACUGAGGCUGAUCUCUCCAGCAUGGGCUCUAGGCCAGCUAGCCGGCAGGUGUCGUGUGAUAUUAGCAGAGAUACGGCAGAGCUCACAGACUUCAAACCAUCUAACUCAUCUAGCUUCAAGUCCAAACUCAAAAGCCACGACUCAGGCGUCUUUGAAAAGAGCUCUGAUGUGGAUGAUCCGGCUCAACCUGACCGUACUUUCCCUCUAGCUGCUGGUGACAAUACAGAAAUGACCGUUUCGAGAGGUAUGAUUGGUCGGAUCCCAAGUAUUGUUGUCACUUCUGAGUCUAGCUCUUUCCUGCACUCAGCCCAGCCUAGCGACAGAAUCAUCCGUUCGGUUGUGUCCAAUGGCAGUGUUGGGUCAAAUUUCCCCAGGAGAGAUUCUUCACAGCAGGGGGCAGUACAUCUCUCCAUCGCUGCUGAAACACCUGCGGUCCCUCCAUUACAAUAGCCUUACCCUCAGUAACCUAAUGCUUAUACCUCGUGAAAUGCUGUCUGACUCUUGCGUUCAAACUUUGUGUCAAUGUUAAGUGUUUUAUGUGUAAUCCUGUUCUUUCGUCGAAGAAUGUGUAGUAGAAGGAUGUCCAAUCCUGUUCAAAGUUUAGCAAUGGGAGCUGGCAAGAAACCAGACCUACGUCUUGAUGUCUUCCUUUUAUAUUUGUAAUACAUUCACCUCAGCUGUUGACCAAUAUCUUUGCAUCCCUUUGAAGGGAAAAUGUAUCAGGAUAUGAAUUAAUCUGAUAAAUGUUUACUUAUGGAAAAUAUGACCAGAGGGAUUUGUUGUACGGGAGACCAACUGAAAGAGGUGGACACCAUUCUUUUUCCGGUUGUUGAUGUCAAAUAGGCAGCGAUGAACUUCACUUACUGAUAUCAGCUUAGUUUGUAUUUGAUUUAGUCUCAUGUACAUUAUAGAAAUACAUUUUCCUGAUGUUUAGUCUAUUUAUUGCACUCUUAAAAUGCUGAGUUGUUUUAAUCUAUAGCUGGGUCAU